ACUGUGUAUAGAUUGAAUAAUCAACCACGAUGGUUUUCAAUAGCCGCCAUUGAAAAUGCAUCAAACCCAGAAGCCAAACCAUUUACGGCAACCAACCCUGAUGCACGAGUCCACAAGAUAAUAGUCAAUUAAGAAUCGAGUCUUCCCCUUCAAUGACCUCCCAAAAGCAAAAGCAAAGACCGACAUAGAUUCUGAGACAGCCAUGUGUGUUUCGAAGCUUAUUAUGGAGUCGGUGCUUUUGUUGGUGACAACAAUGGUACAUAUAUAUAUGAGUGGUGCAGAUACAAGUUUCAUCUUUAAUAAUGGCUUCCAGUCAGCUAAUUUAACCAUGGAUGGUGUUUCUGAGAUCACUCCCAAUGGCCUCCUCCGGCUUACCAAUGAAACCGUCCUACAAAAAGGUCAUGCUUUCUACCCAAACCCAAUAGUUUUCACAAACACGUCUUCUUUCUCUACCACUUUUGUUUUCGCCAUUAGACCUAUUCCUCCAACUUCGGGUGGUCAUGGAAUGGCCUUUGUAAUAUCUCCAACCAAAGCAUUUCCUGGUGCUCUUGCCACUCAGUACCUAGGCCUUUUCCAUGACACCAACAACGGUGACCCAACAAACCAUGUGUUCGCAGUGGAAAUCGACAUCGUUCAGACCAUUGAGUUUGGGGAUAUCGAUAAUAACCAUGUGGGAAUCGAUAUUAAUGGCCUGAAAUCAAUGAAAUCUGCUCCUGCUGGGUAUGAUAAUGGGUUUCAGUUCCAUAAUUUGAGCCUUAUUAGUGGCCUGCCGAUGCAAGUGUGGGUGGACUAUGAUGGAGGCAAGAAACAAAUCAAUGUCACCCUAGCUCCAAUCAAUGUUAUCAAGCCCGAAACUCCACUGUUAACAUUGUCCAAAGAUCUUUCUCAAAUUCUAACCAAUCCCAGUUAUGUCGGAUUUUCAUCUUCCGAUGGGCAGCUGAUGGCUUUUCAUUAUGUUCUUGGUUGGAGUUUCCAGCUCAAUGGGGAGGCUCAAAACCUAGACGCCUCAAAACUCCCAAAACUGCCACCAGUUGAUGGCAAACGAUCUUUGAUCUUAUUAAUUGGGUUACCGCUCCUUUUAUUCAGUUUAAUUGUUUUUGUGAGUGUAUUUGUAGUUUGGUACAUAAAGACGAAAAGAAAAUUUUCCGAGAUUGUUGAGGAGUGGGAGCAAAAUUAUGGUCCUCACAGGUUUAAGUACAAAGAUCUCUACUUUGCCACGAAAGGAUUCAAAGAGGAAGAGCUUUUGGGCUGUGGUGGAUUUGGAAAGGUGUACAAAGGGACGAUGCCGGGUUCGAAAAUUGAUGUUGCGGUGAAGAAAGUGUCACAUGAUUCCCAGCAAGGCAUGAGGGAAUUCAUUGCAGAAAUUGUAAGCAUUGGUCGUCUUCGGCACAAAAACCUUGUUUCUCUUCUAGGAUAUUGCAGGCGAAAACGGGAGCUUCUUUUAGUCUACGAGUUUAUGCCAAAUGGAAGCUUAGACAAAUACCUGUAUAAUCAACCCACUGUGACACUAAAUUGGAUGCAAAGAUUUAAAAUCAUCAAAGGGGUAGCUUUGGGAUUGUGCUAUCUGCAUGAAGAAUGGGAGCAAGUUGUCAUUCACAGAGACGUGAAAGCAAGCAAUGUUCUGUUAGAUUUAGAGUUAAAUGGCAGGUUAGGAGAUUUUGGUCUUGCUAGAUUAUACGAUCAUGGGGCUGAUCCGACAACUACACAUGUGGCCGGCACUGUAGGAUAUCUUGCACCAGAAAGCAUACGAACAGGAAGAGCCACGACAAAAUGUGAUGUUUUUGCUUUCGGUGCCUUAUCACUUGAGGUUGUAUGCGGAAGAAGACCUAUAGAGCGAGGAAGUGAAGAUGAGAUUUUGGUGGAUUGGGUUUAUGAGUUAUGGAAGAAGGGUCAAAUUAUUGGGGCAUUGGAUCAAGCUUUAGGAAGGGAAUAUAACGAAGAGGAUGUAGAAUUAGUGUUGAGAUUAGGACUUUUGUGUUCAGGUUCUAAAGCUGAAGGUAGGCCAAACAUGCGUCAAGUUGUGCAAUAUUUGAAUAGGGAAGUUCCUUUGCCAGAUUUGUUAUCACAAAUGUCAUCUCCCUCUUGUUUUGGAUUCACAUUUGAGAGUGAUCAAGGGUUUGAUGCUAUAGUGUCCUUUCCAUCUUCCAUUGUGGGUGGCACUCACACUUCAAUAUCUGAAUCACUUCUCUCCGGAGGUCGCUGAAUGCUCUUCCGAAGACAACCGCACCCACUUGUAUGUGCACGUGUUCAGCUCAUUGCAUUAUGUUAAAUUUAUGUUAUUAUGCUUGGAUUUUUGUUUUUGAUAUUCACAUAUUUUUAGUUAUGGGUGAAUCCAAAUUACAAUUUACUACCUUAAAUUAUUAAAAAUUAAAUCCUUUAUGCCUGAAGUUUUACUAAGUUUCAGAAUCA